AGGUUUCUUACCUACAAUCAAUAUAGUAACUUAUCAGUGUUAAAAAUACAGAUUCGAUUAUUAUCGAUUGUACAUAAUAUACGUUAUUAAAAUCCUACAUGAAAAAAAGAAUUGAACUUCUUCGUAUUGAAUUUCCGAUGUACUGAUUUAAAGAUCAACUAUAAUGUUAACAGUGUCAUUAAUUUUAUCUAAACGUGUGUGAUCAAGUUAAUUAAAAAUAAAGUGUAAAUAAACAACAAAAUUCUUUGAAAUAUUUUAAGAAAGUACGAAUGUCUUAAUCGCUUUAAUAACGCUACAUUGCUUUGUCGUUUUUAACCUAAAUCGAGAUGGCUGACUCAGAACAAGAUUUCGGAGAUCGUGGAGAUAAUGACAAUUUAAAAACUGAUAAAUUAUUUAUCUUAAAGAAAUGGAAUGCUGUAGCUAUGUGGAGUUGGGAUGUGGAAUGUGACACUUGUGCAAUUUGUCGAGUUCAAGUAAUGGAUGCAUGUCUUCGGUGUCAAGCAGAGAGCAAAAAAGAUGAUAGCCGACAGGAUUGUGUCGUCGUCUGGGGAGAAUGCAAUCAUUCAUUUCAUUAUUGUUGCAUGUCACUUUGGGUGCAACAGAAUAAUCGUUGUCCAUUAUGCCAGCAAGAAUGGUCCAUUCAACGAAUGGGAAAAUAACUAAAUCAAUCAAGCAAAACUUCAAUACUUAUUUUUUUUUUCGUUUUCAUUUAUUUUUUGUUUAUUUUUCCUUCUUUCAUUUCUUUUUCCUCUCUCUCUCUCUCUCUCUCUCUCUCUCUCUCUCUCUCUCUCUCUCUCUCUCUCAAACACACCAAGUUGAUUAACUUACUUUCAAAUUUGUAUUUUUACAUGUUUUUUUCUAUUCUUCAUUUUCUAUUUUCCUGCUUCCUUUAUUUUUUUGUAGUUUUUAAAUUUCAUGACUUAAUAUUUUGGUCAUAAAAUAAUAAAUCAAUA